GGAAGCCCCUCCAGUCUCCGCGCCUCGGCCCACCGGAGCACAGACAGCUCCUGUUCUAAGAAGCUUUUCUGUAGGGCCCAGUCAGCCAACACCUCUGGGCAGCCAUGCCGCACAGCCCGACCUCCAGUGAGGACGAGAUGGCCCAGAGCGUCUCCGACUACUCCGUGGGGUCAGAAUCGGACAGCUCGAAAGAAGAAACCAUCUAUGACACCAUCCGGGCCACGGCAGAGAAGCCCAGCGCUACCAGGACGGAGGAGAGCCAGGGCAACACGCUGGUGAUCCGCAUCCUCAUCCAGGACCUGCAGCAGACGAAGUGCAUCCGGUUUAACCCGGACGCCACCGUGUGGGUUGCGAAGCAGCGGAUUCUGUGCUCCUUGACCCAGAGCCUGAAGGACGUCCUGAACUACGGGCUGUUCCAGCCGGCCAGCAACGGGCGGGACGGGAAAUUCCUGGACGAGGAGCGGCUCCUGCGCGAGUACCCGCAACCUGUGGGCAAGGGCGUCCCCUCCCUGGAGUUUCGAUACAAGAAGCGCGUGUAUAAGCAAUCCAAUCUGGACGAGAAGCAGUUGGCCAAGCUGCACACAAAGACCAAUCUGAAAAAAUUCAUGGACCACAUUCAGCACCGUUCGGUGGAGAAGAUUGUCAAAAUGCUGGAACGAGGCCUGGAUCCGAAUUUCCAUGACCUGGAGACUGGAGAGACCCCACUGACCUUAGCUGCUCAGCUGGACGACCCCGCGGAGGUGAUCAAAGCUCUUAGAAACGGUGGGGCUCACCUGGACUUCCGCGCCAGAGAUGGGAUGACCGCCCUGCACAAAGCUGCCCGAGCCAGGAACCAAGUGGCCCUGAAGACCCUUCUGGAGCUGGGAGCAUCUCCUGAUUACAAAGACAGCUACGGGCUCACGCCGCUGUACCACACCGCGAUCGUCGGGGGGGAUCCCUACUGCUGUGAACUGUUGCUCCACGAACACGCCGCCGUGUGCUGCAGGGACGAGAACGGUUGGCACGAGGUCCACCAGGCCUGCAAGUACGGCCACGUGCAGCAUCUGGAGCACCUGCUCUUCUACGGGGCCGACAUGGCGGCCCAGAACGCCUCGGGGAACACGGCCCUACACAUCUGCGCCCUCUACAACCAGGAUAGCUGUGCCAGAGUGCUGCUCUUCCGGGGCGGGAACAAGGAACAGAAGAACCACAACAGCCAGACUCCGUUCCAGGUGGCAAUCAUCGCGGGCAACUUCGAGCUGGCAGAGUACAUCAAGAACCACAAGGAGACGGAUGUCGUGCCCUUCCGAGAGGCCCCGGCAUACUCCAACCGCCGGCGGCGGCCCCCCAACACGCUGGCCGCCCCCCGGGUCCUGCUGCGCUCCAACAGUGACAACAACCUCAACACCAGCACCCCCGACUGGGCCGUCUGCUCCGCCACCUCCCACCGCAGUCUCUCACCCCAGCUGCUGCAGCAGACGCCCGGCAAGCCCGACGGGGCCGCCAGGACCCUUGGGAGCUACGCCCCCGGGCCCCGCAGCCGGUCGCCGUCGCUCAACAGGCUGGGCGGUGCCAGUGAGGAUGGCAAGAGGCCCCAGCAGUCCUGGCACGUCGGGCCGGCUUUCCUGCCUGGUGCCAACAAGGACACGCUGUCCGCCUUCGAGUACCCGGAGCCCAAGCGGAAGCUCUACAGCGCAGUCCCGGGGAGGCUCUUCGUCGUCGUCAAGCCAUACCACCCUCAGGUCGACGGCGAGAUCCCCCUCCACCGCGGCGACAGGGUCAAAGUUCUGAGCAUCGGCGAAGGAGGCUUCUGGGAAGGCAGCGCCCGCGGCCACAUCGGGUGGUUCCCGGCCGAGUGCGUGGAGGAGGUGCAGUGCAGGCCCAAGGACAGCCAGGCAGAAACUCGUGCAGACCGCAGCAAGAAGCUGUUCAGGCACUACACGGUCGGCUCAUAUGACAGCUUCGACGCUACCAGUGACUGCAUUAUUGAGGAGAAGACAGUGGUCCUGCAGAAGAAGGACAAUGAGGGCUUUGGAUUCGUGCUCCGAGGGGCGAAAGCGGAUACGCCCAUUGAAGAAUUCACGCCAACGCCAGCGUUCCCAGCCCUGCAGUACCUGGAGUCUGUGGAUGAAGGAGGGGUGGCAUGGCAAGCCGGACUGAGGACUGGGGACUUCCUGAUUGAGGUGAACAACGAGAAUGUUGUCAAAGUCGGCCAUCGGCAGGUGGUGAACAUGAUCCGCCAGGGAGGGAACCACCUCGUCCUCAAGGUGGUCACGGUGACCAGGAAUCUCGACCCGGACGACACCGCCAGGAAGAAAGCUCCCCCGCCUCCCAAGCGUGCUCCAACCACGGCCCUCACCCUGCGCUCCAAGUCCAUGACCUCGGAGCUGGAGGAGCUCGUGGAUAAAGCCUCCAUCCGGAAGAAGAAGGAUAAACCCGAGGAGAUAGUCCCGGCCUCCAAGCCAUCCCGCGCUGCUGAUAACGUGGCCAUGGAGUCCAGGGUGGCCACCAUCAAGCAGCGGCCCACCAGCCGGUGCUUCCCGUCCGUCUCGGACAUGAACUCCGUGUACGAACGACAGGGGAUCGCCGUGAUGACACCCACGGUUCCCGGGAGCCCAAAAGGCCCAUUUCUGGGCCUCCCCCGAGGUACGAUGCGAAGGCAGAAAUCAAUAGACAGCAGAAUCUUUCUAUCAGGAAUAACGGAGGAAGAGCGGCAAUUUCUGGCCCCUCCGAUGCUGAAGUUCACCAGAAGCCUGUCCAUGCCGGACACCUCCGAGGACAUCCCCCCCCCACCGCAGUCCGUGCCCCCGUCCCCCCCGCCCCCAUCCCCCACCACCUACAACUGCCCCAAGUCCCCAACGCCGAGAGUCUACGGGACCAUCAAGCCGGCGUUCAAUCAGAACUCCGCUGCCAAGGUGCCCCCCGCGGCUCGCUCGGACACGGUGGCCACGGUGAUGAGGGACAAGGGGAUGUACUACCGGCGGGAGCUGGACCGCUACUCCCUGGACUCCGAGGACCUCUACAGCCGCAGCGCUGCCGCCCAGGCCAACUUCCGCAACAAGAGGGGCCAGAUGCCGGAAAACCCAUACUCGGAGGUGGGGAGGAUUGCGAGCAAAGCCGUGUACGUCCCUGCCAAGCCCGCCCGGCGGAAGGGCAUGCUGGUGAAGCAGUCCAAUGUGGAGGACAGCCCCGAGAAGACGUGCUCCAUCCCCAUCCCGACCAUCAUCGUGAAGGAGCCCUCCACCAGCAGCAGCGGAAAAAGCAGUCAGGGCAGCAGCACGGAGAUCGACCCGCAGGCCCCCGAGCAGCCAGGCCAGCUGCGGCCCGACGACAGCCUGACCGUCAGCAGCCCCUUCGCCGCCGCCAUCGCCGGGGCCGUCCGCGACCGGGAGAAGCGGCUGGAAGCCAGGAGGAACUCCCCGGCCUUCCUCUCCACGGACCUGGGGGACGAGGAUGUGGGUCUGGGGCCGCCCGCCUCCCGGGUGUGCUCCUCCAACUUCCCCGAAGAGGUCGGCUUCGGCGAGGAGGAUGGCACUGAGCCACUGUCGCUGCCCACCUCGGGGGCACCGCCCAGGGAGCCCGAGAACCACUUGGUGGGUGGCGGUGAGGCUGCAGCUCAGGGGGAGGCCGGCAGGCCGCUGAAUUCCACACCCAAAGCCAAGGGCCCCGAGAGCAGCCCCACUGUGCCCCCCAAGAGCAGCAGCAUGGCCGGCCCUGAGAAUUACGUCCACCCGCUCACAGGCAGGCUGCUGGACCCCAGCUCCCCGCUGGCCCUGGCGCUGUCUGCAAGGGACCGAGCCAUGAAGGAGUCCCAACAGGGCCCCAAGGGGGAGGCCCCCAAGGCCGACCUCCACAAACCUCUCUACAUCGAUACCAAAAUGCGGCCCAGUGUGGAACCAGGCUUCCCCCCAGUCACCAGGCAGAACACGCGGGGGCCCCUGAGGCGGCAGGAGACCGAGAACAAGUACGAGACGGAGCUGGGCAAGGACCGGAAGGGCGAGGACAAGAAGCACAUGCUCAUCAACAUCGUGGACACGUCCCAGCAGAGGUCGGCCGGCCUGCUGAUGGUCCACACCGUGGACGCAGCCACCACCGACCACCGGCUGCAGGAAGAGGAAGAGAAAGCCGAUGUGGAGGCCCAGCCAGACCACUCGCUGCCCGAGGUGCCAGAAGGCACUCCCGAAACCGAAGGUGCUUUACAGAUCUCCGCCAGCCCCGAGCCCGCCGCCACCGUGCCCGGCAGGACCGUUGUGGCGGCGGGCUCCGUGGAAGAGGCGGUGAUUUUGCCAUUCCGCAUCCCUCCUCCCCCUCUGGCAUCCGUGGAUCUGGAUGAGGAUUUUAUUUUUACAGAGCCAUUGCCUCCCCCCCUGGAAUUUGCAAACAGUUUUGAUAUCCCCGAUGACCGCAUCGCUUCUGUCCCCGCUCUCACGGACCUGGUCAAGCAGAAGAAACAGGAUGCCUCCCAGUCCCCUUCGUUGAACCCCAGCCAACCAGCCAACUGUGCAGACAGCAAGAAGCCGGCUGGCCUUUCCAACUGCCUGCCUGCCUCAUUUCUGCCGCCCCCCGAGAACUUUGACGCGGUCACGGACUCUGGGAUCGAGGAGGUGGACAGCCGGAGCAGUAGCGACCACCAUCUCGAGACGACCAGCACCAUCUCCACAGUGUCCAGCAUGUCCACCCUGUCUUCUGAAGGCGGGGAGAGCGUGGACACCUGCACAGUCUAUGCAGAUGGGCAAGCAUUUACGGUCGACAAGCCCCCAGUACCUCCGAAGCCAAAAGUGAAGCCCAUAAUUCCCAAAAGCAAUGCACUUUAUCAGGAUGCACUAGUGGAGGAGGACGUGGACAGCUUCAUCAUCCCUCCCCCGGCACCCCCGCCGCCGCCGGGCAGCGCCCAGCCUGGGGCCACGAAGGUGACACCGCCAAGGACCUCCAAGUUGUGGGGGGACGUCUCCGAGGUCAGAAGCCCAAUUCGCUCAGGCCCGAAGGCAAACGUGAUCAGUGAGUUGAACUCAAUCCUGCAGCAAAUGAACCGAGAGAAAUCAGCAAAGCCAGGGGAAGGAUUGGAUUCACCCACAGGAACCAAGCCUGCCGGCCUCACUCCAAGAAGUCCAGAGGUCAUGAGCACCGUCUCAGGUACGCGGAGCACGACGGUGACCUUCACAGUGCGCCCGGGGACCUCGCAGCCCAUCACUCUGCAGAGCCGGCCCGCAGACUUUGAGAGUAGGACCUCAGGAACAAGACGUGCCCCGAGUCCUGUGGUGUCGCCAACAGAGCUGAGCAAAGAGAUCCUGCCUGCCCCCCUCUCCGCCGCUGCUGCCGCUCCUUCUCCCACUCUCUCAGAGGUCUUUAGCCUUCCAAGCCAGCCCCCGUCCGGGGACCUGUUUGGCUUGAACCCGGCGGGACGCAGCAGGUCGCCAUCCCCCUCGAUACUGCAACAGCCAAUCUCAAAUAAGCCUUUUACGACUAAGCCUGUGCACCUGUGGACUAAACCAGACGUGGCGGAUUGGCUGGAAAGUCUAAACUUGGGUGAGCAUAAAGAGACCUUCAUGGACAAUGAGAUUGACGGCAGUCACCUACCAAACCUUCAGAAGGAAGACCUAAUAGAUCUUGGGGUGACUCGGGUCGGGCACCGGAUGAACAUAGAAAGGGCUUUGAAACAGCUGCUGGACAGAUAAGGGUGGCUGCUCUUUACCUUUACAGACUUCUUGUUAUAAGUAGAGAUGGGCUUCUACUGAAAUAUUUGGGCGGCCAAGCACAGUCUGUGAGCACCAACCCCAUUCCAUGGGUUUGUCUCCUGGUACCCAAAGAAAUGCCAAGUGUGUCCAGGUGUGGCUGAGCGAAGGCCUUGAAACGCCCCCACUCUCCACGUGGGCUUCACGGGCUCUUUCUGUGCAGCAGGGGACACGGGGAGGGAGUUCUGCCACCACGGAAAGAGGCACAGCUUGCCUCCCAGCAUGCAGGUGACCUCACUUUGCCCGGUCCCAGGGACGCCCCCGUCGAUUUAGCACGGGACCCUUGCUCUUGCAGGCAGACACCAGUGUCCUCUAGAUACCUCCUGAGACCUCCCUCCUCUGCUUUCUGGGCAGCUCUCACCACCCCAGGCCCGCCUCAGUCUGUGGCCUCCAGGAGGGCACUCAAAGCUCACUUGCUCCUUUCUUUCCUCUACUUUGCUUGCGGUAAGACACCCCAGACCUGUCUGUCCGGUGCCC